CUCACUGACAUGAUAAUAGACCAGCCUGUCAGGUUUCCCAAUGGUCAAAUAUCAUUUUUCCCUAUUUUACCCCCAAACGGCAAACGAUGAAGGCAAAAAUACUCCCAGGGUAUAUCUGUACUUUCCAUUACUAACCGUGUUAUAUGAAGCCGUUUCCUCACACAACAACCAAAAGAUAAAGCUUCUUCUUCUUCCCGCCGGCAAUAUUUUUAAGUUUCUCCGGCGGUUAGUAAAAAAAAUGUCACCACAGAUCAAAACUCAUCUCUUACCAAAGCAAGAGCCUUCUUCUUCUUCUUCGUCGUCUUCGACUGGGAAGAAUGGAUCAUCUACCUCCGGCGUCGUUUUCAACGUGUCGACAACUAUAAUCGGAGCCGGAAUAAUGUCAAUGCCGGCGGCGUUUAAAGUUCUCGGAAUCAUCCCAGCGUUUCUGAUGAUCUCGAUCAUAGCUUGGCUUUCAACUAUCUCCGUUGGAUUCUUAAUGAAAUCAACACUCGCCGGAGAAUCAACUACAUACGCCGGAGUUAUGAAAGAGUCGUUUGGGAAAACAGGAUCCGUCGCUGUACAGAUUGCUACGAUGGUUGCUACUUUUGGAUGUAUGGUCAUCUUCUCCAUUAUUAUAGGAGAUGUGCUUUCGGGUAAUGACGAUAAUGGAUCUGAGCAUGUUGGAGUUUUGCAAGAAUGGUUUGGUGCUUACUGGUGGAACACGAGAAUCUUUGCUUUGUUGUUUAUCUACUGCUUCGUCUUGCUUCCUUUGGUCUUGUGUAGACGUGUUGAAAGAUUGGCAUUUAGUUCUGCGGUAUCGUUUCUUCUUGCGGUUCUAUUUGUUGUCAUUAGCUCCGUGCUGGCUAUCUCAGCGUUAGUGAAUGGGCAAACGAAGAAUCCAAGACUGUUCCCAGAGUUGAACAAUGGAGGAUCGUUUUGGAAACUCUUUACAGCUUCCCCUGUUAUAGUAACGGCCUUCACGUUUCAUUUCAAUGUUCAUCCAAUUGGAUUUGAGCUCAAAGAUCCAUUACAUGUGAUCCCAGCAACUAAGAUCUCUGUCAUCUUGUGCGCUGCCAUAUACUUCGCCACUGGACUCUUCGGGUAUCUCCUGUUUGGAGAUGCAACCAUGUCAGAUAUUCUAGUGAACUUUGACCAGAGCUCUGGUUCUUCCAUUGGUUCUCUUCUCAAUGAUGUUGUUAGACUCAGCUACGCGCUUCACCUCAUGCUUGUCUUUCCUCUCAUGAACUUCUCAUUGAGAGCAAAUCUAGAUGAACUCUUGUUCCCCAAGAAGCCUUCCUUGGCAAAUGACUCUAAAAGAUUCGUCGGACUCACUCUGGCUCUACUGAUUUGUUGUUUCUUGUCUGCAAUCGCUGUGCCAGACAUUUGGUACUUCUUUCAGUUCUUGGGAUCAACCACCACUGUUUCAAUAGCAUUUAUAUUUCCAGCCGCCAUUGUUCUAAGGAAUGUCCAUGGUGUAUCGACUUCAAGAGAGAAGAUCGUAGCAGCGAUAAUGCUUGUCCUUGCAGUUGCUACUAGCAUUAUUGCUAUUUGGACAAAUUUAUACAGCCUCGCAGCAAACUAAUCGUUGAAAAAAGUUUUGCAAGCAGUCCCCUCUAUGAUCACUUCAAAGAUAUAUGUAAAGUCAUUAGCUUUCCCUUUCUUUUGCUAGCAUUUAUGUUUAUAUUUUUUGUGAAAUAGGUUUUGUCAGAAAAUGCAAUGUAAUAGCUAUAGGAAGUGCAAUAUUUGUUGCUAUGUACUUGAAUCAGGGAAAGAUAAAAUUGUUACAAUUCUUUAAAACGU